GCGCCGAAGCGCGUCGUCGGACGCAUUCGAUGAAAGUCCAUCACCGGAGCAUUCAUAGCUUUCUAUCACAAUUUCAAUACCUACUAGACACAAUUAUAAGUAAUAAACUGAAUUCCCGCCGAAAAAACUGUCAAAUCAUAGAAAUUGUGGCAGUCAUCGAAAUUUAAAAAUCGAAUUCGAAAAAAUUAAGUUCGAAGUGAAAGAUUUUUAGUGCAACGAAAGUGAAUAAUUUGAUAGUGUUGGAAUUGGCAAUAUCCGAUAGUUGGUGAAAGAAAUACGUGUAUUGUUCCUGUUUGUCCUGAGAAAUUUAAUUUUAAUCAAAAUGGAUUUAAGGAAACAAAUCCCGAUAGAUCGUUGCCGCUCGCUGCACCAUGGGUCAAGAACAGUCAUACGCUGGACAUAGCAUCGCGCAAGUGAGGAGAUACAAGGACAAAUACGACCCACAAUAUAGAAACCCCGUCGAUUACAGAUCAAGCGAUUUCGACGAUACAGAAUAUAAACGACACAAAAUCAGAAGGAGUGCCGAUAGCUACAAAAGCGACAACUCGUCAAUUGAAAGCAGCGGUUACAGGAGUGGAUCCAGUGCCUACGAAUGCCACUCCGAAAGAUCCUCAAAAAGCGAUUACUACUGCAUGUCAUUAUACAAAAACGAUCAUUACAAGGAGGCGAGUAAAGAAUUAUAUAAACCCGUUAAGAUAACCAAGGAGAAACGUUACAAACUGCAGCUUUUCGAUGUUGAGAAAGAGGAAUUGAAAACUGCACGACUCAAAAAUUACUUGAGUGAGGCUGAAACACACUCGAACACGUCGACACAAAAGAAAGGCGGAAUAAGGAAUUACACGCCUAAAAUUCUGUCUGAAGAAGAGCAAAGGAAAAAGGUUGAUAAGUGGAUAUAA